GAUGGUGAUUCCACUGAAGCAACUGCUAAACCAAAGAGAAGUUUUUAUGCUGCGAGGGAUUUGUACAAAUACCGACAUCAGUACCCAAACUUCAAAGAUAUCCGGUAUCAAAAUGAUUUGAGCAAUCUUCGUUUUUAUAAGAAUAAAAUUCCAUUUAAGCCAGAUGGUGUUUACAUUGAAGAAGUUCUGAAUAAAUGGAAAGGCGAUUACGAGAAGCUGGAGCACAACCACACUUACAUUCAAUGGCUAUUUCCCCUGAGAGAACAAGGCUUGAACUUUUAUGCUAAAGAACUAACUACAUAUGAAAUUGAGGAGUUCAAAAAGACAAAAGAAGCAAUUAGAAGAUUCCUCUUGGCUUAUAAAAUGAUGCUGGAGUUUUUUGGAAUAAAAUUGAUCGAUAAAACGGGGAAUGUUGCUCGGGCUGUGAACUGGCAGGAAAGAUUUCAGCAUCUAAAUGAGUCUCAGCACAACUAUUUAAGAAUCACCCGCAUUCUUAAAAGCCUUGGUGAGCUUGGAUACGAAAGUUUUAAAUCCCCUCUUGUAAAAUUUAUUCUUCACGAGGCCCUUGUGGAAAACACCAUUCCCAAUAUUAAGCAGAGCGCUCUGGAGUAUUUUGUUUAUACCAUCAGAGACAGAAGAGAAAGGAGAAAGCUCCUGCGAUUUGCCCAGAAACAUUACAAGCCUUCGGAGAACUUCAUCUGGGGUCCACCCAGGAAAGAGCAGGCUGAGGCCGGCAAGGGCCAGAGAGCGGCUGCCCCAGCCACCUCCAGUCACAGCAGUCAGACUUCUAUGCACAAAAAAGCCAAGGACUCCAAAAAUUCCUCCACGGCUGUUCACUUAAAUAGCAAAACCACAGAAGAAAAGAAAGUGGCACCCAAAGAGCCCGGGGAGGGGACAGAGAAGCCCAGCUCAGAGCCCCAUGGUGACCCUGGAAAGCCCACAAACUCCCAGGACAGUGGGGCUGAAAGUGUGAAUUCACAACCAGAAAAAACAGCCAGCGACCCUGCAGAAAAAGUGGAGAGUUCGUCUCCCUCGGAGAAAGAUGAAGAAGGUGAAAAUCAUAGCGAAGACUGCAAAAACACUGAGAGUACCAGCUGCGAGAACGAAGUCCCAUGACAGCGAAUCCCCAGCAAACCACAACCCGGAGGGAAAAACUAUCUUAGGACUUCCUCUUAAAGAACAAGGUCCAGGUCAUAUUCCCCAUGGUAGCCAUCUGUUCGUGAUCUCUGUCGUAAACUUCUUUUUUUUUAAUUUUCAAUGAGAAUGAAUUGGAUACUUAAUAAGUUUUGAGAGGAGAGCCAAUGAAUGAAUGUUUUAAGAUGUGAGUUUUCAGAUUCUCUAUAUGAUUUAGGUUGUUUUCAAGACCUCUAGAAAAAAAUCACAUAGCAUCUGGUUUACUGCAGACUUUGUUUUGAGAGGUUAGUCUACGUGAAGAAAAUCAAGGGAAGAAUUUCAUUGUAUCACCACACCUUUGCCUGAUUUUUGGAUUUUUUGAAGCUGGAGGAAAGUGUUUUGGUCUUCUCAAAUAUAUUCAGAAAAUAAUUCGGAUUCUUUAACACACCUCCAUGUGCUUAUUUUUAGAGUCUGAUAAGUGGAACGGAUAUCACUGGAAAACUGUGCCCUACCCGGCCCGUUUAGUGGCACCCGUCUUUUCCUGUCUCUUUCUUCACCCUGACCUCCACCUUCGUCAGCUGCCACGUGCAUUUCUAGUGCAUUAGCGUGGUUUCCUGUGUCAACAUCUAAGUGAGACCGAGAGGGACUUCUAAUGGUCUGAUUUCAGAAAUUUUCUUUGUUUAAAAUAAUGAAAAUGUUUUCUCCUUUAAAAGCUUAAAAACAAAUUUUGGUGCAAAAGUUAAAAAAAGGAGUUUGCUUAUUAUGGCUACUCAAUAUAAAGUGGGCGGUUGCUUCAGGUUAUAGAUGACUGGAGCAUUAACGGGAAGGGAAAUGAUUCAUUUUCAAAAGGCAUGCCUCUUGCACUGUCAAUAAGCAGUAGUUCUGUCAACUGCUAAACUUGGUGUUAUGUAAAUUAUGAAUUUACUAAUGUUGCUUAUUUGUCAAUGUCUCUUAAAAAUGUGUAUAUAUAUAUAUAUAUAUAUAUAUAUUGUGCAACUUGAAGUUGUCAGACUUUGAAAUUGAGAAUCAUUUGAAAUUCCAUAUACUCAGUUCUAAUGAGUACUUAAUAUGUUACAUAACACUGGCCAUAAACAGUUUUAUUUCCUACAGCAUUAUUACUAAUUCAUGGAAAAUGAAAAUCAAACACUGUGAUGAGAACUUCAAAAUGUACAUACAAAUAUAGACAAAGAAUGAGUAGAUAAGAUAUUUUCACUUUAUUUCAUUUAGAAAAGAAUUGGCUUUUUGAGUUUGUAGCUUAGGCUUUUAAGAAAAGUUUUAUUUACUUUAACCCACAAAGAAUUUUUUUUUUCCUAUACAAGGGAUUGAACUCAGGACCUUU